CCAGAGUGCUCCGGCAGCGGCAGACGUCUGAGGCAGCAGUUUCCGGUGUCCAACUACCGGCGAUCAGCUGAUCACUGACAGGAUACCAAGAUGGUGGCUGUGAUGGUGAGCCUGUUGGUAUUGGCCGCUCCAGCCCUCGCAGUAGAGACGGUCCAGACCUGUCAGUGUAUGGAGUAUUGGACUUGUGUACUGGGGGGCGGUAUGCCGACGACGUACUGUGGACUGACUGAGAGCAGUGUCUGCUGCUUCCCUAGGCCACCCAGGCUCGGCAGCCACUCGCACUCCAGUUGCGGCCGCAAAGGAGCGGACUCGGGCAUCAAGGGGGUGGCAGGCGCAGGGGAAUGGCCCUGGCAUGCAGCCAUCUUGGAAAAAGACAAUGCGGUGUACGUCUGUGGCGCCUCUCUCAUAGACGAGUCCUGGGUGCUGACAGCAGCCCAUUGUGUGGAGAAGUUCAUUCGAUCCAUUCAGCUGCUAAAGGUGCGGUUAGGUGAGCAUGACGUCAGCACUACGGACGAGCCUACGGAGCAUGAGGAGCGAAAUGUGGCCCAGGUGGUGGUUCAUCCGAAUUUCGACAACAAGACCCUUGUGAACGACCUGGCCCUUGUACGUUUGGAGAAGGCUGCUAGGCGCCGCAGUAACAUCGACAUUGUCUGCGUCCCAUCCGAUCAACUCCCCCUCUCCAGGAAUAAGACUUGCUACGUCACUGGCUGGGGGAAACAAACCGAAGAUUCCAACCACUCUGUGGUACUGAAGGAGAUUCCAGUUCCCCUAUGGGAGAAUCAAGCCUGCGAGAAAGCGCUGCGGACCAGUUUUGGCGCUCGAUUUUCCUUACCACCUACAGCGGUAUGCGCAGGCGCCGAAGGUAGAGAUGCUUGUGACGGUGACGGGGGAGGACCACUGGUCUGCGAGGACAGAGGACGCUGGUUCCAGGUCGGUAUAGUCAGUUUCGGCGUUGGCUGUGGCCGUGCAGACGUUCCAGGCGUCUAUACAAGAGUCAGCUUCUACCAGAAUUGGCUUCACGACGUGGUCAUUCAAAACAGGAGGAACAAAGCUUGACAUCCGAGUAUUUUUAGUUAUAAUUGUUGAGUAGCCGCUGGACUGCGAGAUAAAUUCCACGAAGUAAACCUGGAAAACAUUUAUCCUGCAAGCACUUCAAUAAGAAAUUUCAGUUCUCUGGUUUUAUAGUUAUAAACAGACUGUUCUUUUUAAACAUCGCAAUGCUGUUUCUUCAUAAAAUAACACUUUUCGUUCUCAGUAUUAGGAGUUGAUUUGUAGGAAGUGAAGGAAGUAAAACAGGGUGAAGUGUGUCUUCAUUCAUAUUCUACUGCAUAGGUACAUUGAUAAAAGGUUUAAGGUAAAUGCAGUUUGACUUCAGUGGACGUUCGGUAUCGUUCAUUAUAUCCAAAGGGCCUAGAGGGUGUGGGCUCUGCAUUAAGUGUGGAUCAGGCUUUUGCAAUUCGAUGACCAUUAAAUGCAAUAUCAUAUAUAUAUAUAUAUUUAUAUAUAUAUAUAUAUAUAUAUAUAUAUAUAUAUAUAUAUAUGAUAUAACACUGUCAGAGUUCUGGUGUUCAUCAGACAAAUGUUUCUUAUUGUUUUAUAUAAAAAAAAAACUCAUUAUAUAAACAUUUAAUACGUCAUAUUAGAUGUUUCCUUAUCGUAUUGUCCAAUAAGUUCAAAGUGGACAUAAUAUGUACAUUAUUUAAAAAAUGUUUGCUGUUCUUAGAGUCUACUAAACCACUAAGAAUCAUUUGCUUUUUUACUUUGGGUUAUAAAAAAGCAUUGAGAUUAGUUCCACAUUGUAAUAUACUGUUAUAAUGUCAGUUAUAUAAGAUAGGUAUAUUUUUCUAUAUAAUUUUAAAGUAUAAACUUAAAUUGUAUCACUAAUCUAUGAACAUUUAUUCACUUCUUUACAAAGUCACCAUGAACAUUUAAACAUUUUUUAACUCGUGGCACAGCUUUUGGAUCCCAUCAUCAAAGAACUCUGCCACCUGACAGUUAAACCAGUUAGUAAUAGUUUUUUUCAACAUGUCAUCAUUUUCCAAGCGCUUCCUACCAACAAAUUCCUUAAGCAUGCAGGACAAUGUAUGGGUGGUACCAUCCAUGUGGUGACAAUUUUUAAUCUCUUUUCUUCUUUAAAUUUCAACCGAUUUUAAUUUUGAAAACUGAUAUGUAAACUAAAUAAUAGUGGAAUUUGUUGUGUAGAGUCUUAAAACCUAUUUUAUUAAUAUUAAACAAUACGUAACUUCUAUUUGAAAUCUCAAAAUAAAAAUUUGCUGGAAAUAAUUUUUUGGAGUGAGAUUUUUCAUGAACUUUGGAAUUUUAAAUUUUAAAAUAGGUUGAAUAGUUCGAACUGAAUCCUGUUUUCCGUCAUUUCCGGUAUUAAUUUCUUGCUAGAGAUGCGCCACCAUGCCUCCCGGCAGUUCUCGUUCUUCAUGAUUUACAUACCAAAAUAUUAUACAGGAAUAUUGGGCGACCAACAGUAAAGAGCUGCAAUAAGUAGUGUUUGUAAAUUCUAUUUUUAAUUUUUUGUCUGGGGAAUCAACAUGUACUUGUGUGUAUGUUCUUGCGAUGGAGGGUACAGGUCCAGGGAUAUUUCCAUGUCGAAUGUGAUAUAAUACACAAUUACGAAAAUUACAAAUAAAGAAGCUGUCGUCUGGUGAUUCAACAAAUAUAUUAUUCAUAGUACGAGGAAUAAGGAUAGGUGAUUGAAAUGUAAUAGUGGCUUGCGAUUUGUAAUCAAUUAAUUGUAUCUUGAUGGGAUCGGAACGUUACAGUGUUUUGAGGUUGUGGGGUGGGGAAAGGAGACCGGAAGCAAUGCCCAAAAAAGAAACGACUUAUUUUGUCGCGAAAUGCGAAUUUUAUCAAACCGUGAUUUAUCCGAUCGAAUUAUUCAACCGAUUUCAGAAGCAAAAGUUUAAGAAUUCAUUGUUUAAAAAUUACUUCCUGCAAAUUUUAAGUUUCAACUUUUAAAUAGAAGUUAUACACUAUAGUUUUAUUAUUAUAAAAACUAAAAUAUAAUUUGUCUCAUUUAAGUACUGCUCCGUGGUGGUUUCAGUUUGGAACUAAUCCCGGCACGUUUAGCCUUAACCCUAGAACGACCAUGGAGCUAUUUUGAAAUUCUGCGAAUAUCACCUUCGGUGGCCGUGCAGCUGCAAUAUGGUCGUUUAAGCAGCAUUUAUUACUAAUCACCAAACUUCAUACGCUAGUAAUUUAUAUAUAAAUCGAAACAUAAUGCGAAUCUUUAAAAGCCGCUUAGUUUGUAUAAUUGUAAUAAAAACUAUGUAAUAACGUGAGAAUUUGCCCCCCGGUAGCUGACGUUUGCAUAAGUUUUGAAAAAUCACAGGUGGGUUGGUUCGUAGACGAUGGCCAUCCAAAAUGUACCGCUGAAAGCUCAAAUCAACACGAAAUCUUUCCUGUUGUAAGUCUUUUACUACAACAAACUAUUUUUGAGUUAUUAAUACAUUAUUUUACGUCUGGAAUCAGUAUUUUUCUGUGCAAGAGCCACAAAAAUAUUUCUAUCCAAAAAGUUUAUUGUUUGUGUAAUUUAGAAGAUAUCAAGGUAAAAUGAUAUAAUUCAAGCUAAAGAGGUCUUCUAUUGGCUAAAAUAAACUAAUUGUGUAUUUGUUGUUUCUGCAAAACAAGUAGUGUAUACUUUAUAUGUAUACGUUCAGUUAGCUGCCAUUCUUUUGAACCUUUGGUUCGCGUCUGCAAUAUUUUCAGUGAACAUGUUUUACAGUAUUCGGAUUGUUUUGUAAAAUAUACGAUUUAUUGUUGUAGUAACAUUUGUAUUGAAGUGAAAAUAGUUAUAAAAAUAGGUAAAUAGUUAGUUAGCUUAGUUUAUUGUUAAACAUAUGAUAAAAUAUAUUGUGUUCAUGAUAAAA